GCGCCGCCACAAACUGUGCAGCACUAGGAAGAAGCAGUUUAGUUACGUUUACUCCGUGCAGGCGCGUUAAAAUUGCAUUAAAAAAAUCGAAAAGCGAGCGUUUUAGACACUUAGAAUACUUGCAAAACCUGGCUUAAAUCAUUGCGCAAAGUCAGUUUAAAAAAAAGCCGGUGUAUCGCCGUUUUCUAACUUGAAAAAUCGGCAUUUGUAAAGUUGCCCGUUCACGGUAUGCGAAGCGUGGCUGUGUCGAGUUACCUGUAAUUGUAGUUGUGUCCGCCUGUGAGAGAGAGUGGAGUAAACUCGCCAGCAAAGACUGCAAUUUGCAAAGAUAUAGCAAUUGCGAAACACUUGAAUAUACUAAUACAUCAUCUACUUAACAACAAUGUCGGAGGCAACUGUGGCCCAAAAGCCGGAGGCGGUGGAAAUCGAGGAGGGAACGGCGGGGGAUGAAAAGAAGACACCCAAACGCACUCCAAAACGACGCUCGUUCAUUGAGCGGGCUCAGCAGGAAAGCGAGGAGCUGGUGCGGACGAUGGGCGGCAAUCUGGAUGUGGCAGGGGGACGGCGGACGCGGUCCAGCACUCGAGGAACACCGACCAGGGCCACGGAUGCGGUGACGCCGCCGCCCAGCAAGAAGGCGCGCACCUCCCCAGCCUCGGCAACAAAGGCCAGCGCUGGAAAGGGGCGCGGGGCACGCAAACUGGAUGUGGGCGGUGAGCCCGAACAAGAGCCGGAAAAGGUACAGGCAUCGGGAAAGGCCUCUGCCAAGAAGGAAAAGAAGGAGGCUAAGAAGGAGGAAAAGGCGGCUGAGGAAGAUGAGCCCGAGGAGGAGGCGGAGGAAGAGGUCGCUGAGCCGAAGGAUGAAGUCGGCACCAAGCCAGACGAGACCGAAGACCAGCCUGAUGCUGUGCCCUCAGUUUCGGAGCAGAAGCAGAACCAUGUCGAUGCAGACAAAACAAGCACUGAAGAGCCCGAGAAGUCAGCCGAAGAGGUGCCAAAAGUGAAGGAGCCAUCCAAACCGAGCGAGGAUGCUUCUGAGAACGGGGCCGCCACAGACACUCCCACUGUUUCUGCCAUGGAUGUAGACGAAGAAGAGCACUUGGCCGUCAAGGAAUCUGUAAAAGUUUCAGAGAUGAAAUCAGAAAAGAAGCCUGAGGACCCUGUAGCAGCAGCAGUUGAGGAGGAGCCAAAGGUACAAACGGAGCCGGUCAAGGAAGCCUCACCAGAGCCCAUGGAGGUAGAUGCGAGUUCGAAAAGCAGUUCAGACACAGCUCAAGUAGAAACACCAGCCACCGAGGAGGUUUCCGUCGCUCCGGAGCCAGAAGUAGCAGUCGAGGCAACAGAAUCAAGCAAUGAUGUAGAGGAAUUGGCCACAGAGGUACCCAAUUCCGAAGCCAAGGAAGCAGAGUCUGCGGAAGACGUCAAGGAGUCCAGCAUACCGGUGGUAGAGUCCAAGGAAUCCGACAUCAGCAAAGAGCCCAAGGAGAUCGUAAAUUCUGUGGAACCCAAGGAGGUAAAGAGCACUACGGAUGAGAGUGUUACGCCCGUUGCCGCCGAGGAUACCGCCACCCCCGCCACCAAUGAUGUCAGCAAGCCCGUGGAAGCAGAUGUCAGCUUGGCAAAGGCAGCCGAGAGUCCUGCCAAGGACUCGCAGAUCGUCAGCGAGGUUAAGAAGACCGAAAUCAAUGUUAAUGGUGAGCCCAAGAUCGUCAACAGUGCCGCCGAAGUGGGUGAGAAUGCAACGCCAAAGGUCUGUAACUAGACCUACUCCACCACCGAUGGACAAUCUAAAAAUUCAACGCGUUGCGGAUGUGUACAAAAAGCAUCUUCAGCUCGCCCGCCGAGUUGGUCUGGAUGUUGCCAACUACAUGCAAACAUUUAAGAGUUCUCCCAAAUCACACAGCUACGAUUUUCUUUUUUAAUUGAUCACUCGAUUUCGUACUCAAAAAAUACCUUAAUUUUGAUGAUAGUUUCAUGUCUUCCAGUAAUUGGUUGACGCCAGGGACGCCAUAGGCUGCAAUCGAUGCUGGACUUUCAAUGUUGCACUGUGUGCGUCAGCUAGACAGAAAAGCAAAACAACUAGGCAGUAGUUCCAGUCUCUAAAACCUAGCAACCAACCCACCCACCCACACCUUCUUUCCCAGAAAUACACAGCCAGAUUGUAAAAUUCAUCCUAAUAUAAUAUGUAUGUGGAUUUGAAUUAAUCAAAUUGGAAUCAAACACAUUAUACAUUGACGGAAAUGUAUGUAAAAUAGAUGUUUUUAAAUUGUAAGACAUAAUAUCCUUAAUUCUAAAACCAAUUGGACAACACUCAAAACAUAAUCAAAUAAAGCGCGGAAAAUUUUAUCACUGUAACGCAAUAAGAAUGCACUACGACUUUAAGAUACGUCUAUGCAUAACCUUUUCACAUUUUUAAUAUUUUUCACGUAUUCCAAGCCCGUUUUGUUUGAAGCAUUUAGUCUACGAUUUUUAAAGAGCCGAUUUGCAAUCGGUUACUACGGAUGAGCUCAUUGAAAACUGUUGUGCUAGGCUAGGUAAAUGUCCUUCUAGGCGAUCACUCCUAACUGAACUCGUACAUACAUGCUAGAGUAAAGAUCUAAAUUUUUCAAUGAAAAAAGGAAAAACAAAUUCUAAUAAUAAUAAUAAUAAUGAUAAUAUAACAUUUAAUUACAACAAAAGCGUAAAUUAGUUUUGGAAGCCGUUGCAACUGAAAUGAUCAGUCAGACCGUUUUUGUAUGUAGCUUAUCUUCUGUAUAAGGCAUUCUUCAUUUGAAUAUUCUUUUGUAAAUAAAUCUUAAAAAAAUACAAGAGAAA